AGGCCGGGCCGGGCUGGACGCGGCUGCCGGGGCGCUUCGGUACCGGGGGAGGGGGCCGGACACGCACCCCCAGCCCCGACCUUUGCCCCACAUCCCUUCCCCAAAGCGGGGGCUGGAUUUGGGGAGGGGGGGCCGGCGUUGGUUCGCGGGAGGCGGCGCUCGCUCCCCCCCGGCUCGGUGUGUUUUUCGCCGCGGUCGCUCGGGGAGGUGGAGCCGGGGCCGCCCCCGCGGGCAGGUGCCGGAUGGCGACGGGAGCCCGCGCCCCCCGCCCCGGAUCCCCCUCCCCGCAGGAACUCGCGACCCCCGCCAAGAGCAGCCCCCCGGCCAAGGGGGUGCCCCCGGCCACCGACCUGGUGCUGGGGGCCACCGCCGGCUGCCUGGCCUGCUUCCUCACCAACCCGCUGGAGGUGGUCAAGACGCGGCUGCAGCUGCAGGGCGAGCUGCAGGCCCCGGGCACGUACCCGCGGCCCUACCGGGGGGUGCUGCGGGCGGUGGGCGCCGUGUGCCGGGCGGACGGGCUGGGGGGGCUGCAGAAGGGCCUGGCGGCCGGGCUGCUCUACCAGGGGCUCAUGAACGGCUUCCGCUUCUACUGCUAUUCCCACGCCGAGGACGCCGGCUGGACGCGGUAUCCCGGCGGCACCGUGGCCGCCGGGGCCGUGGCGGGGGCGGUGGGAGCCUUCGUGGGCAGCCCCGCGUACCUGGUCAAGACGCACCUCCAAGCCCAGACAGUGUCGGCCAUGGCUGUGGGCUACCAGCACAACCAUGAGAACAUCGCCGGCGCUUUCAGGACCAUCUACCGGCAGCACGGGGUGGUGGGGCUGUGGCGGGGGGUGACGGGCGCCAUCCCACGCGUGACCGUGGGCUCGGCCGUGCAGCUCGCCACCUUCGCCUCCGCCAAGGACUGGGUCUGCGAGCGCCAGGUGAGGGGACCGCGCCGGCCCGGCCGCCGCUCCCUCGGUGCUCGGGCCGGGCUGACGCGGGCGCUCCCCGCAGUGGUUCAGGAAGGGCAGCUGGGCGGCCGUGCUGGCCGGGGGGAUGGUGAGCAGCGUGGCUGUUGCCGUGGCGAUGACGCCCUUCGACACGAUCAGCACCCGCCUCUACAACCAGCCGGUGGACGCCGAGGGCACGGGCAAGCUCUACCGGGGCUUUUUGGAUUGUAUCCUGCAAAUCUCCAACAAAGAGGGGCUACUGGGCUUGUACAAGGGCAUCGGCGCCGUCUACCUCCGCCUCGGCCCCCACACCGUCCUCAGCCUCUUCUUUUGGGACAAGCUCAGGGACCUGGUGCGGCACCAGCAGCCCCCGGGGCCGUAGGAUGGGCUCCCACCACCACCAAAGACAUUAAUAAAGGGGUUUUUCUAUUUUCGGCGUCGUUUCGGGGUCUUUGGGGUGGCGCAGAAGGGGGGACGGGACCUGAAACGCUGCGAUGCCUCGGCGUGAACGGCAGUGCCGAGGUGGAGGCGGGCAAAGGUGCUGGUGGUCCCCGAGCCCCUCCACGUGCAUCCCGUCUCUGCCUUCUUCUCCUCGCCCUAAUUUUCACCUCCACGGGGCAGCUGGAGCUGUGGCCGGGGCAGCUGCAGCUGUGGCCGGAGCAGCUGAGCUCCAGCCGCCCCGGUUUGCCCCAGCAAUGA